GUGUGCACUUCUUCAUUGCAACCCCUUCCUUUUAGUUACACAAAAGAAGCAACUAUUUGUUGCUUCAAUUGUUGACUUUAUUUAUUGAAUUUGAAAAGGGGGAGCAAUAAUUUUUGAAUAAUAAGGCAAUGGCAAAGACAUCCUUGGCUUUUGUAUUUGCCUUGUUGUUGGCUUUGCCAAUUCAUUCAGUUUUUGCUAAUGAAGUGAAUCCAUUGAACCUUUUUGAUGGUGUUGAAGCACCAGUGGAAGCCAAGACUUUUGAUUGGGUUCUAGAAGCCAAAAAUUUAGAGACCGAUAAAAAAAUUCCUACAAUAUUCGAUAAGAAAGUACAAGCACCAGCUGCAUCUCCAAGAAGAGUUCUUGUAGAAUCACCAAAAUUGGCUCCACAAAAAGCUUUUCUUGAUUUGGAAUCACUAAAAUUGGCUCUAAGAAGAAAUCUUGUGCAGUCACCAGAAUUGGCUCCACAAAGAGCUUUUCUUGAUCUGAAAUCACUAAAAUUGACUCUAAGAAGAAAUCUUGUACAGUCACCAGAAUUGGCUCCACAAAGAGCUUUCUUAGAUUUGGAAUCACUAAAAUUGGCUCUAAGAAGAACUCUUGCAGAAUCACCAAAAUUGGCUCCACAGAGUGCUUUCUUAGACGUAGAAUCACUAAAAUCAACUCUAAAAAGAGCUCUCGCAAAAUCACCAGAAUUGGCUCCAAGAAAAAUCCUCGUGGAAACACUGAAAUUGGCUCCAAGAAGUGCACCCGCACAAGCACCAACAUCUUCUCAAGAGAAAAAAUGUUUCUUUAUGAUAUGCAUAUAAACUAAGUUGAUAUCAUUUUUUUUAAUCGACUAAGUUUGUACACCAUAUUUCUUGUAUUCAAUUCAUUCAAAUUGAUGUUGGAAUAUUUUUGUGCGGAAA